AUGCUGCGAUCACUCGCUCUCACAAGUUUCUUGGUCGGACAGUCGCUACGAGCAGUAGCUCAGCGCGAUCAGGUUGACAACAGUAACCUCGACCCAUUGAAGUUCAAGAACGAUGGAACAUUCCAAAUAUCCGUCUUUUCAGAUCUCCAUUUCGCUGAGGACGCCUCCUCAAUAGGACCCGAGAAAGAUGCCAGGACAGUAAAGGUCAUGGGCGACGUGAUCGAUGCCGAGUUACCAGACUUGGUAGUCCUGAACGGAGACCUUAUCAACGGCGAAUCAACAUUCACCCAUAACAGCACGGUAUACAUCGAUCAAAUCGUCUCCCCCAUGGUUGAUCGAAAUAUGACAUGGGCUUCAACGUACGGAAACCAUGAUCACAAUCGCAACCUCAACGGAACCGCCAUGUUGGAACGCGAGCAUACAUGGCCUGGGUCUCGAACAGAUUCAAUGGUCCCAGGAAGCGAUGCCGGAACAACAAAUUACUACCUCCCCGUAUACGCAUCGAACUGCAGUUCAAACUGCACACCGGAACUCAUCCUCUGGUUCUUUGAUAGUCGAGGUGGAUUUUACUACCAAGGCGGUUCUCAGCCUAACUGGGUUGACAAGAGUGUUGUGGAAUGGUUCAACGAGACCAAUGCUGAUCUGCGCGAGGAACACGGCAAGAACAUUCCUUCACUGGCAUUUGUUCACAUUCCCGUGUACGCUUCUCUCAUGCUGCAGAACAAUGGUGUUGAUGAAAAUUAUCAUCCUGGUAUCAAUGACGAAACUGUCAUUCAGCAGGGUGCGGGAUGGUGCGCAGACAAGAAGGGAGGUUGCGAUUACAGCGAUCAAGAUCUACCCUUGAUGCAAGCCCUUGUUGCGACACCUGGCGUCAUUGGUCUCUUUUCUGGACAUGACCAUGCCAAUUCGUGGUGCUACAAGUGGGAAGACAAGGUUGGUGAUAUGGAUCUUCCCGGCAAUGGCAUCAAUCUCUGCUACGGUCAACAUACCGGCUACGGUGGCUACGGAGACUGGAUCCGAGGCGGUCGCCAAAUCGUCGUCACACAAGAAGGUCUCAAGAAUUAUGAAAUUGACUCGCAUAUUCGCCUCGAGUCGGAUGAGGUCGUCGGCAGAAUCUCUUUGAACUCGACUUUUAACACGGAUGCGUACGCCGCAACUCCGAACCAGAAGACGUUCCUCAGCAUUGCGAGCUCUUCUACACCGACACCUUCGACGAGACCUGUUUCCUUAGCGUCGCAUUUUGGAUUGCACAAUGCUUUCAGUUCGUCUUUGGUUAUUUUCGCAGGGGUUGUUGCAUGGAUUAUGUUGUAAGAAUAGCGUUUAGAUUAAUUGCAUGUAGAGUAAAAAUUAUAGACAGUGAUUC